AUGCACUACGCUCCUAACCUUCCGCAAAUUGCCAACCGGUAUGCGUCUGCUCAUGCCAAUCCUCAGGGCGCUGGCGAUGCGCGCCCCACGGCCUUCCAAAUCAUCCAAGAUGAGGGCCUCGUCGGCAAGCUACGCCACAAGGUAGCAUUGGUAACUGGAGGGACCAACGGCAUUGGUCUUGAGCUUGUACGCACCUUGGCAAAGACGGGCAUGCGAGUCUUCUUUACGGCCCGCGAUCCUGUCAAAGGCCAAAAGGUGAAGGAGAAGCUUCAGAGCGAGGACGCUCUCUUUAAGCUUGAGGUUGUCGAGAUGGAACUCAAGAGCUUAGAAAGUGUCAAGGCUGGCGCGGAGUUCGUCUUGAGCAAGACCGACAGACUUGACGUCCUCAUGAACAAUGCGGGUAUUGCGGCGACGCCUCACGGGUUCACGAAGGAAGGCUUCGAACAACAAUUCGGUGUCAACCACGUGGCGCAUUUCUACUUGUUUCAGCUUCUCAAGCCGCUACUUCUGAACACCGCAGCAACUCAUGGUGUGAACGUUCGCAUCGUUUCGACGGCUAGCACUUCGCACACAGCGUCGACGGUGCUCCCCGAGAACAACUACGACACCGCCAACCCCAACGGCAAGGGCUAUGAGCCCGGUGUGUCCUAUGCCCACUCCAACACAGCCAAGAUCUGGUUCUGCAACGAGCUGGAGCGGCGCUAUGGUUCCAAGGGUCUGCAUGCAAUUAGCAUUCAGCCGGGCGGGUUUACCAGUGGGCUUAUGGACUCUUCUGAAGAGCACAGUAAGGUGAUGCUGAACAAGAUGAUCCAAAUGCCACACAUCAAGAAGAUUUGGAAGAGCGUCGAGCAAGGCGCGGCUACGAACACACUUGCAGCUGUCGGCAAAGAGUUUGAUGGUGUCGGAGGAAUCUAUAUGGAGGACUGCGGUGUGAGCAAGCCUAUCCCGGAUGAUCUGCAUUGGGCAGGCUACGGUUUCAAGUCCUGGGCGUUUGAUGAGGCAGGCGAGAAGAAACUGUGGAUAGAUUCUCUGAAAAUGGUUGGGUUGGAAGACGACCAGUAG